UAGACGACAGCCCUACUGUAUGUGUAUUGGUGUCGCUAAAAUUCGGCUUGCUUCCGGGUUGAAACUUCCUCGUGAACAUCAAGCAGAAAUUGUCACCGACAACUUGCCGACAUCUAUUUCCGUGGUUGAAUCUGACACCUAGAUAUGGCCGACCCUAGCUGUUCUCAGUGUUUACAAUACAAACAUCUGAAGGAACUUUCAGCAAAAGUGGUGAUCCAGUAUGAUGAACUGUAUAAGAAAUUCCGGGAGACAGAAGAACAGUACAAGACUGUCACUACUCGACUGAAGGAGCGGGAACAACAGAUGGGACAAAUGAAGAAGUUGAUAGAGCCUGCCAUUCAGGAAUACGAGAAGAUGAAGAUCAAAUUUGAAAUAGAAAUGAAGUGCAGAAUGAAGGCUGAAAAUUUUGCUACCCAGAUCAACACUCAGAAUAAGGAACUAAAACGUCAGUCCAAUAUGAUCAUGUCGAUGGCCAAACUGGACGUUCGUGAUCUGAAUCUGGACGAAAAGGACACCAAAUCUGAUGGUGACUCUUAUAAAACGUAUACUGCUGAACUCAACUCGACUAUUAAAGAGCUUGAGGAGAAGGUGGCCAGGUUGACCUCUGACCUACAGGAGCUCAGGCAGACCAAUGCCAUUGAAGCAGAGAAAUACCAAAGGCUUACUGAAAGGCAUGACACUGGCAUGAAGAGGCUCAAAGAGAAUCAAAACAUGCUCACCAAAUACCAAGAGGCCAUGUUGGAACUCUCGAAAGUAUCUGAGGAAGCUUGUAAGGAGUAUGCUUCAUUGCAGAUCAAAUAUGACAUGGAACAUGAAAAGGCAUCAAAGAUGCAGGCCGACAAUGUCAUGAUGAAGAAACAAAGCACCAUGCUGUUGAACAAUGCUGUGGGUGAUCAGAAACUCAUGGAUGCUGCUAUGCAGAUCGAGAGCCUGACUCAGGAGUAUCAGGAAGAGAAGGAACGGUUAAUGUUACAGAUAGAAGAACUGAAGGAAGGGGAAAAUGAGGACCAAGAUGAUGGAGAGAAAGAAAAACUGCUGGAGGAGAACAAAGACCUAAUGAAAAAGCUGGAGGAUUAUGAGAAACAAUACAAGAAGUUAGAAGAUGAAUAUAAAGUUCUGGAGAAGGAGUUAGACCUCGCCAAACAUCCACCUCCCCCACCUCCACCCCCACCACCACCGCCGCCAUCUAUGGAUAAAGGAAAAGGGUUUUUAAGCAAGAUUUCGCGGAAGAAAAGCAUGAAAAGGAAAGAAGUGUUGAAAUCGGCUUCCGGUGCUGGGGACCAAAAUUAUGGUAAAGCACUAGAAGAGAUGAUGAAGAGGAUCCAUUCAGGCAAAGCACUUACAAAAGUCCUGAAACCUGUCGGAGGGAGAAAGGUUCUUGAGGAGGAGGAGGAAGAUGAAAAUGAGCCUCAUUCUGACAAGGAUGAGCCUCCUUCUGACAAAUUUGAGCCUCACUCUCACAUUGACCAUCCUAAGAUAGCGCCAUCGAUCGAGUCUGAGGAGAAACCAGAGGCCAUGGUGCAGCUUCAUUCCAUCCUGAACCGCUUCAAGAGGACCUCGAGUGAGAGUGACCUCUCGGAUCAGUCAAUGCUAGACACAGACUCUGACUUGGCAAGGACAUUCCGAAAGGUCAAAAAGUCAGCAUCCGAGGAGGCAGCCAAUGUUGAUUUGAUGGACAGAGUACAAAAAGAGCCCCAGAAGCCUAAGCCAGUUGUGUUAACCAAGGUACCUGCCCGCAACAUCAAACAGAUGUCUACUGUGGAGGAGGAGCAGAACUCGGCACUUGAGAAAGAGGUGGAAGAUGCUGAUACAGAGGACACAGUGUUCUAGAUAUCAGUGGCUUUAGAAAACAUCUAAGAUGUUUUUCCUGGAGAACAUAAAAGGAAAUGUAACAGUUUCAAAAAAAAUAAUGCUGCACCAAGAUGUUAUCAACUCUAGAUGGUUUUGAGUGUGUCAUUACAUUUCUGAAAGAAAAAAAAUCAAUUUAAUGCUGUUUCCAAUAUUACUGGUCCUUCACAUAAAUAUCACUGGAACUGUCAAGAUGUCAAUCCUGCAAUACUGGAUGUCUUAUGUUAGCAAACUGCAUCACUUAAUAUCUUACUGUAAUCAACUCAGUUUUACCGAUAUGACAUGUUAAUAACAAAUUCCACAGGGCCAGAGGAAAUAGUUCCAUGUAUACAAAAUUCAUUUCAGGUUUUUGAAUAAGGUGGAUCCAAAUUUGGAGAUUUGAACCUACUUAGUAAUAAGCAGAAAUUUGUAGUAAGCCUGUUUGUCCAAAGGUAGUUUUACUGUAUAUUUCAUUUUGCACUAGAUAUAUUACUCAUUUUCCUGAAAAUCUGUAGUUUCCGGUCUUAACUUGAAAGGAAUGCAUUCCUGACUUGUGACAUUAUAUACCCAAGACACAAAAUGUCAAACAAUUUCAUCUUCACCACCCCAAACUGUUGGCUUCUUAAAAGUAAAAUUGUAUUUGUGCUUCCAUUCACUUUCAGUAGCAAUAAGAUAAUAAAGUAUAUACAUAUAUAUAUCAAGAAAAUAAACUGUUAUACAAGUAUGUAUGUGCACGUG